AACAUUCCUAGAAUUUAAACGAGUUCUUUCCAGUCCUUCGAGCGGAACGUUUCGAUCGUCGUGUCCGAACUUCGUAAAAGCGUGAAAUUUAACGUCCCGGCUCGUCGAAAAAGUAUUUUCAAAUCAAAUAAAACCCAGAAUAAAUUAGUUUUUAUUUCCAUCAAAUGUGCCAAUGAAAAAAGUUUAUUCGUUAAAAAUCUUAAAUGAACGAAAUACUCAAUAAAACACAAUGUUCAAGUGGAUUUUAAUGUUUUUAUUAAUAACUCCGCUGACCCGAGAAAUCCAAGGGUAUUGUUACACAGCCUGGGGCACGCGGGGAAUAUGUGUAAACAUAAAAUCGUGCAACCCGUUAAUAAGACUUUUGCAACCGCGUCCAAUCCUGCCGCCGGUUUUACGUAUUUUGCGAAAAUCUCAGUGUGGCUUCGAGGGCCUUGAUCCAAAGGUUUGUUGUCUAACGAACGCUCACAGCUCGGACUUGGAACGAUAUCCACUGAGAAGUAUUUCGGACGUAAGUAAUAAUGCUCACAAGAAUAAAAAUCAUAAUAACGACUACGUCGAGCCCACAACCGAAACAACAACAACAACGACCGCAGCGCCAAAGCCGUUACUUCCAAUUCACAAUCACCCGAAUCGUCGGCUUCUUCGUGACGAAGAGUGCGGACCCGUUUAUGAAAAUCGUAUCUACGGUGGCAACGUAACCUCAAUUUACGAAUUUCCGUGGAUGGCGAUGCUGGGAUACAACGAGGGUGGAAAAACUGACGAAUUUCGAUGCGGAGGAGCGUUGAUCAGCGAACGUUACGUUGUCACCGCUGCCCAUUGCACUACUGAGCUUCCGGAAGGUCUGACGCUGAGGACAAUUCGUCUUGGGGAAUACGAUUUGAGUAGCGAGGUCGAUUGCGAGUCGUGGGAAAACGGGAGGGGCUACAACUGCGCUGCAAAGCAUCAAGAUUUUGGGGUCGAUCGUGUGGAGGUUCACCCCGAGUUUAUGCGACGUAAGCUGUUGAACGACAUAUCACUGGUCCGAUUGUCACGAGCAGCAGACCUGCGGCCGCCGAGUGUUCGACCGAUAUGUUUGCCGAUGGGCGACACGGUUUUCUUAUCGAACAAAGUCACAGUGACGGGCUGGGGCUCGACCGAAUUCGCCACGCGCAGCCAACGUCUGCUCAAAGCUGUUCUCCCGCUCGUCGACACCGAAGCGUGCAGCGAGGCCUACAGCUUUCGAGGGGUUAAAAUAUGGGAGAAACAAAUUUGCGCCGGCGGUCUCAACGGACAGGAUUCUUGCUCCGGAGACAGCGGCGGUCCGCUCCAAGCCCCCGCUGUUUAUAACGGACAGCCGCGUUACGUGCUCUACGGCGUUGUCAGCUUCGGACCACACGGCUGCGGCGUCGAAGGUUACCCCGGCGUUUACACGAGCGUUGCUCAUUACGUUCGUUGGAUUUUGGACACGAUUACAGAAUAACCGAGCCCCGAAAAUUGGCUGGAGCUCUAAUGAUAUUCGGGAGGAACAAAACAUCUUGCGGAAUUUUACAAAAAGCUCGAAACUUUACUCGCGAUUUGGGAAGGUCUGUAGAAACGGAUUUUUAGGGCACAGUUUUAGGGGGGCUGAGGAAAGGGGAUUUUAAAAUCGCGCCAAGCUCACGUACUACGUACAAGAAUCGACGAGUUUCAUUAUUUUUAGUUGUAAAUAUUGUAAAUAGACUGCCCAUGGCGAUGUUGGUUUGGAGUUGUUAGAUGUACGGAGAUUCAACGAUUUGUUGAAUAACGAAACGUUGUUACGAAAGUGCCUUCGUUAUUGCGCGCAAUCAUCGCUGUAACCGAAAACAAUUUAUUCCUCUUUCCGUGAAGUUUCGUAACAGUUGGUUAAACUUGGAAAAUUCUUCAUUUUCUAUUGAAAAUGUGAAUUAUUGGAAUAAAGAAAGGGAGGUGGAACAGCUGGGAGCGAAUUGGUCGGAUGUGGUCGAGACAAAAAUUGGCGAGUCGACAAAUCGUUAUUGCCGCGCUGUGCAAACACUCGGAGAAUGAGAUUCGCUCGUACAGUCGAAAGACGAGAUAAACAUUUCUGGAUUUAUCUGAGAGCUCGUUUGACCCGAGAGGGACCAGCGAUAAAUCCGAUAACCCCGUCGAACAUUAAAAAGUGCGAUUUCUUUAAUUAUCAUUCCGCAAUAACGUGCGCUGUACUCUCAAAUAUUCUCGCGUGAUGAACUUGCAUUCGCUCAUCAAGUUUUUCCAUAAAUUAAGUACCUACGGAUACAAU